AUGUUUCCAGGCGGUACCGACCGUGAAGGCAACUCGCUCCUAGUCGUCUCCACCUCACAAGUGCAAGAAUGCUCCUACGAGAACCUGGUCUCACUACUCGCCCUCCUGUCGGAAACCCUUCCACCGUCAACUCUAUUUACAGUACUACUAGAUACCAGACAUAUACAAUUGAAGCAGUUGAAGUUCUAUUUGAGAGCUUGUCAGCAAGCCCUGUACAAAAAAGUGCGUCAAGUACUAAUUAUCCAACCGGAAAAGUUUUUAGAUCAGCAGAAGAUAAACUUUGAUUUGAUAGUCAGUGGGUACACUUUGAAGACAGUGUUGAUCUCCAUGCACAAGCUAUCAAAAUUCGUUGAUGUGAACCAGCUACCAGAGCAGUUCGGUGGCACACUUGGAUAUGAUCCGGAUGCAUGGCUUGAGAAAAGGAUUGAAGUGAAAAAAUGGCAGAACUACCUUGCGGAGCUUGAUGUCAACACUUCUCGCCACAACCUCGACGAAGAUCAAAAACUAGAAGAAUUCGUGACACGACUGCAAACCACUAAACGAAUUGAAGACGAGUACGCGGCUCUCUCGCUGAAAAAAUCGAUAAGAGAAGUGAAAGCGAGGGAGGAGGAGAAUAGUAAAGAGGGGUUGAUCAAGGAUCACACCGCCGGAGUCUCGGAUUUUUUGGAUUGGAUUGAAGGGAGUGGGGAGAAGUGGUUGAAUUCGUUGUGUCAGGUGGCGGAUAAUGUGGAUGAGGCAGAGAGUUUGGUGAAGCAACAUGAGGAAUUGACGAAUAAGACGAAGGAAAUCGAAGAACAAAGCCAUCAACUCGCUGAGAUGGCCACACGGCUAAUGGCUGCAUGUCCGCAGGUCGCAAUCGUGCUUCAGAAGACCCGCGAACAAAUCCGAGACGUCGCCGAGCACUUUGCAUACCGUGUGGAAGCUCAAACCCAGUUUGCACUUUCUAAUAGAAAUUUUCGAGAGAAAGUUGGAGAGUUCAUCAAAAAAUCCGACCAAAUGCUUGAAAAAGUGUGCGCGGAGGACGGUAAUACCGUAAAACCAAUAGAGGAGUUGACGACGACAAAGAAGGAGUUAGAUGACUCGGUGAACGCGAUGAACGUAGCCUUUGAAGCCGCCGUGGAUGCCGGAGAGGGGACCGUGGCGAAGGUUCGUCAGUAUGCAGAAGUUCUUCCAGCAGAAGACAUGGUUGCUCAGAUCGGAUCAAGUCUUACCUAUAUUUCACAGAGACAGAAUAGACACAACGAACUAGCUAGUGUAAAACGUCUAGAACAACAACAACAUAUCCAACUAAUGACGACUUAUGGGGAUUGCGACCAAGCUAUCAAAUGGCUCGGUGAGCUUAAAGAAACCCUCCACAAGGAAUACAGUCUAUCGGACAUCGAUGAGGAUGCCGUUAGAAAUUUGAGAAAUGACCGCCAGAAUUUGGAUAGAACUGCGGUGAGCACCUAUCAAUAUGGGAAACAGUUACUUUCGAUGGCCAAGAAUAGUGAGAGAUCAACGAUGAAAGAGAGGACGACAGAGGAUAGAAAAGAGAAAUUGGAAGCAGCUUGGAAGGAAUUGGACCUGGCGAUUCAGAAUAAUGAGCAGAGAUUGAAAGUGGUGGAGUCGUUCAUGGCGACGCACAGACAGAUGAUGGAACGAGUGAUUGAAAUCGAGAAAUCGCUCCGAGAACGUCUUCGUGUAAGCGGUAAACUCAAUUCGAUCACAUUGAGCACAGAACGGAAACGACUUCGAAAUGAUAUCGAAGAACUGUCAAACAUCGGAAAAAUUUUAUCAGCUCAGAUCAACGCGGAUCAUACAACAACUCCUCAAGACAGACAAACUGCUAUGAAGCAGAUAUCAGAUAAGAUCGAUGAAGUGAUGUCUGCUCAACGGAGGAUGGAGAGUCUGAUUGGAGAAGACGAGGAAGCGGGGUCGAGUUCUUCGGGCAAGGAGGAUAAGCACACCCCUCGAAAAUCGCGUCCACUCUCGAAAGUGCCCGAAGAAGAAGGUGGCGACGUGUCUCCCGUUUUCCCUCGUGCCGUCCGACUACUCGAAACAAAUGAAGGAAUUGCUCCGGCGAUCCGCCUAUCCAAAAAUGAAUCCUACCUUUGA